AUAAUAACUCCAAGCAUUAAUACAAAUAUAUUACGAAAGUUAUUUGAUAUAUUUGUUCAACAAUCUUUAAUAUUAACGGAUGAAUUAGAAACAGUUGGACUAAAUAGAAAUAAAAUCACUCUUUUUGAACAUAUAUUGAAGUGCAAUCUAAAUGCUGCAUGCGGCACACUGAUGAACAUGAAAAUGGAUAAUUUUUCAAAUGAAAUCAAUCAACUUGUUGAAGGAAUAAUAAGCAUGAAAAAGACAUUGACACAAAGAAUACAAAAUAUACUUUUAUAUCCUAAUUUUAUAUUCAACCUUACUGUUAUGGGACGGAAAUAUCGAAAGAAUGUAAAUUUCCUAAAUUCUUUCACAGAUAAGUUAAUACAAAUAUAUGCAUUAAAUGAAGAGAAUACCAAGAAAAAAUAUGAACCAACUCAAAAAACACUUCUCGAUAUUCUAAUAGAAGUAUUUCAUGAAGACAAGGGCCCACAAAAGAUGAUACGUGAUAAUUUAAAAACAAUGAUAUUAACGGCUUCCGACACAACCAGUGUUACGAUAGAUUUUGCGAUCUUUAUGUUAGCAAAUUUUCCAGAGCUACAGGAAAAAGUAUACACAGAAUUAUUGGAAAUUUAUGGGACGGUAACUCCAAAAUCUGCCCAAAUUAAAUAUGAAGAUUUGCAACAUAUGAAUUACUUGGAUUGUUUCAUCAAAGAAACUAUGAGACUAUUUCCUGCUGCUCCUCUUAUUGCACGACAUCUAACAGAGGAUGUAAAAAUGGGAGAAUUUAUUUUACCAAAAGGCGUUGAAGUUGUACUAUCAAUACUAAGUGUUCACCGAAAUGAAAAGUAUUGGCAUAAUCCACUGAUAUUUGAUCCGGACAGAUUUCUCCCUGAAAAAAUAGGAACAUCUUACAAAAAUUAUUACAUGCCAUUUAGUUUAGGACCCAGAAAUUGUAUAGGUAUGAAAUAUGCGAUGAUUUCAAUAAAAGUUAUCUUAGCUACUUUGAUACGAACAUUUAUAUUCAAAGUAGAUAAACGCAUUCAGAUAGAUGAAAUUAAAUAAAAUAUGGACAUAACAUUAUCUUCUGUUGAACCUAUAGAAGUUAAAAUUGAGAAACGAGAAUUACAUUAAAAAUAUACUUUAUA